AUGACAGGUGCCCUGAGAAUGCUUGCGUACGGUGCAGCUGCUGAUCAAUGUGAUGAAAUCACUAGAAUGGGAGCUUCUACAGCGCUGAAAUGUCUGAAGAAGUUCUGUAGACAAGUCGAGUUUCUUUACGCUGGGUGGUUCCUUCGUCCUCAAAAUCCUGCUGACUUACAUAGGCUUCUCAAUAGAGGACAACGCCGUGGGUUUCCAGGCAUGAUUGGGAGCAUCGUUUGCAUGCAUUGGGAGUGGAAGAAUUGCCCAACUGGCUGGGCUGGAGCUUUCUCGGGUCGAAAGGGUAGAACUGCUCCUCUGGUUGAGUUUGAGGUCAAUAACAAAAGGUACACUAAUGGUUAUUACCUUGCUGAUGGAAUAUACCCGAGGUUGUUUAAACUGGAGGAUCUUCGAGCCAUCAUGAUAAGUCGUAUCAUUCUUCAUAACAUGAUUGUGGAGGAUGAGUUUGUUGAGGAAGAAUUUGCGGAGCCUAAAGAAGAUGAUCUAAUGAAUCCAGCAAUGACAACCGUCUAUGAUCGGCAUGUGCAUCCUAAUACUGGAGAGGCUAUUCCUUUCAAACUAGUAGGGAGAGAUGGACAGAAUCUUCCUUCAUUCAUGGAUCGUGAAUUUCAGGUAGAGUCGGCCUACCUCCACAAAUGCCUACAAGAUGAUUUGGUGAUGCACAACUAG